UUAAUAAAAAUUAAUUUUUUGAGUGUCUAACUCAGAUAAUUGUUUGUUGUUCUUCGUAUAUAAAUAGUCAUUAAACUUGAAUUUACUAGUUCGGAAGCAAUUUAAGCAAAUAAAAUAUAUUAAGUUGGACUUUAAAAGUAGUGCUGUGCUGCCAUUAAUUGAAUUCGGAUACUGGAAAAAUUGACAUGAAUUUAAAUCAAAAAUUUCUUAUAUGCUUAUUAAUACUAGGUAUUUUUGGUUUUAUUUCUGGAAAUUCGUCAUCAUUUUCGUGCCAUAAUGCAUCCGAUAAUAGUUCAUGCACUUCUCUGGAAGAACAAGCCAAAAAAUAUUUGAUAGAUUUAAAUCCCAAAUUAUUGGAAAAACGGAAUGAGGAGUAUGAAUGCAAAUAUCAAUAUAACAUUAAUGUAACGGAAGAGAAUCAGAAAAAAAUGAACGAUGUAAUAACAAAAAACGCUCAAUUUUUUAAAGAUAUCGCAGAGGAUAUUUUACUACAAAAAUUCAAUGAAGCCAAAGGUGAAUGGACAAGUCGACAAAUUAAACGUUUAUCAAAAUUAGGAUAUAAUGCGUUGCCAGAAAAUGAAUAUAACCAGCUCUUAAGUGCCAUAAGUAGAAUGCAAACUAAUUAUGCUAAAGUUAAGGUAUGCGAAUAUAAUAAUCCUGAUAAUUGCGGGUUGUCUCUCGAACCAGAUAUUGAAUACAAAGUUCGAAAAAGUAGAGACCCUGAGGAAUUGAAAUAUUAUUGGAAAACCUUUUAUGAUAAGGCAGGUACACCAGUUAAAAAUGAUUUUCUCAAAUAUAUUGAAAUUAGUAGAAAGGCUGCGAAACUGAAUAAUUUUACAUCUAUGGCAGAAGAUUGGAUUGACGAAUAUGAAGAUGAAGAUUUUGAAAAAAAUUUAGAAGAAGCUUACAAUUCAAUUUUACCCCUUUAUAAACAAAUUCACGCCUAUGUACGUUAUAGACUUCGAAAAUAUUAUGGAGCAGAAAUAGUUUCUGACAAAGGAAAUUUGCCUAUACAUAUAUUAGGUAAUUUAUGGGGACAAACUUGGCAUCCAAUUAUUGAUCUGUUAACCCCGUAUCCUGACAAACCAUUUUUUGAUGUUACUGAUGAGUUAAUAGAGCAGGGUUAUACGCCUGUCAAAAUUUUUGAAAUGGGAGAUGAUUUUUUCCAGUCGAUCAAUAUGAAAAAAUUGCCAGAUGGCUUUUGGGAGAAAAGUGUCCUGGAGAAGCCAUCAGAUGGUAGAAACAUUAUCUGUCACGCAAGUGCUUGGGAUUUCUUUAAAAUUGAUGACGUUCGUAUAAAACAAUGUACGAAAGUUAAUAUGGAACAUUUAUAUAUUGCACAUCAUGAAUUAGGACAUAUUCAGUAUUAUUUACAAUAUCAAUACCAGCCUGAGCCAUUUAGAGGAGCACCCAAUCCAGGUUUUCAUGAAGCCGUAGGAGAUGUUAUUGCUCUGUCCGUGUCAACUCCAAAACAUUUAACAAAAAUUGGUCUUCUCAAAAAUUUUAAAUACGAUGAAGAAAGUCGAAUCAAUGAGUUAUUUGUAACGGCAUUGAAGAAAGUCGUGUUUCUGCCUUUCGCUUAUACUUUGGACAAAUAUCGUUAUGCCGUUUUUAGAAACGAGGUGCAUGAAAAUGAAUUAAACUGUGAAUUUUGGAAAAUGCGUUCGAAGUUUGGUGGUAUUGAACCACCAGUUGAAAGAUCUGAGAAUGAUUUUGAUCCAACAGCAAAAUAUCACCUUGACGCUGACGUUGAAUAUUUAAGAUAUUUUGCAGCUCAUAUUUUUCAAUUUCAAUUCCACAAAACUCUGUGUGAAAAAUCUGGUCAAUAUGUUAAAGGAGAUUCUGAAUUAACAUUAGAUAAUUGUGAUAUAUAUGGCAGUAAAGAAGCUGGAAAUGCUUUUAAGUCCAUGUUAGAACUUGGUGCUUCAAAACAUUGGAAAGAUGCUCUUGAAAUAAUGUCAGGUGAGCGAAGUAUGACAGCCUCUGCUAUACUCGAAUAUUUUGAGCCACUUCAAAAAUGGCUUGAAACCGAAAAUGCAAAAAUGAAUAUCCCAAUUGGAUGGGAAAUCACUGAUAAGUGUAAAUGAACUAUCAACAUUUGUACCUAUGUAUUUCUAUGACAAAAAGAAAGAAAACGAGAAAAUUCAGAAAUAAAUAUGACAAAUUAGAUUUAAUGUUAAUGUAAUCUAGUACAGGUUUCUAGUAAUUUUUGAUAAUCUUAAAUCUGUGCCAAGAAUUUAUGAUACUCUUUUAUUAUUGUUUUUUACAAAAGAAAACGCAGAGAAGAAAAGAAAGAAGUAAAACCAUACAAUGACAAAUUAAAAUAAGAAAAAAAACUGUUUAAAUUUGAAUAAAAAAUUUUUAGGUUGGU